AUGGGCUUCAAUAGUGCUUACGCCCAUUUUCAGAUUGAAUGUUACGCUGACCAUGUCAGCCAAUGUUCACCACGCCUCAAAAUCCAGAUCGAGGUUGCAUCAGAAGAGCGCAAGUCACUCGCCACUAAAGAGCUCGAAAGCCCAACCGAAAACAAGCAAGCGCUAAAAAAGUUCAUCCAUCGAGUGAAGGAAAGUGUUGGAAUAGCCCAACGUACUCGGUACUCCGAUAAGCUUUGUGAUGACUUUGAACAAUUGGAUAACUACAAGCAGUGCCUCGACCGUCUCAACUGGUCCCUGUGUCAGGCAAUUCAAGGAAACCCAUCAUUUCGCAAACAUGGCAGCUGUCUAGCUCCUCCUCCAGAUGAGGACGAAUACGAGUUAAUUGCUGAGUUGUUAAAAAACAAUGACAUAUUCAAAGAUGUACAGAAUCGCGACACUCAAGUCAGUCUGUACGAAAAGCAAGCAGUCGAGCAUCGCGAGUUCAUAAAAGAAGCCAGACAUGCUCUGCAUCACAUUCGGAAAUUCAUCGUGAAGGACUACCCCGCAAUAGGAAUUCAGCGAAAAGGUUCGAUCAGUUUUCUCACCAAUGAUUUCCGAAAGUUUUAA